GGCAGCAGCAUAACCAAAUUCAGCAACAAGCUGCUUGCUACUGAAUGGACUGUCCCGAUUUCAGCUCACCAAACCGGUGCCUUUGCAUGAGUCACGAAAAGUUCAGGAGAUUCCUGCCGGACAGAAUAAGCCAAGCGUACAUUCUUGUGUGGCGAAAUCUGGCUGACCACGGACGGAAGGUCAAGAGAAGGUUGUCGGGCUGCCUCACUGACCUUCAAUCAAUGUUCGCAUUUCCUUGUUUCUCCUGAGACAACUAACUUGCACGUUGUCUGCCUCUUUGACCCUUCCUCUGUCUAUGAAGUGACUUCUCUUGUGCAUAUGUUGGAACUCAUGUCGACUGGCUGCUGAUCUC